GCCGCCUCGCCGUCCCCCGCGCGCCGCAAGGCCAGGACCAGCAAGUACGGCAGCGUGAACCCCUACAUGAACUUCGUCAAGUCGGAGCGCGCGCGCAUGGGCGCGGGUUCCGGCGCCGGGCGGCCGGCCUCCGAGCUGGCCCGCGAGCUGGGCGCGCGCUGGAGGGUCAUGUCCAUGGAGGAGCGGCAGCCCUACAUCGCGCAGGCCAUCAAGUCCCGCGAGGAGCUGGACCGGAUCAAGCAGAGCAGCGACAUGACGGAGGCGCGGCGAGGACGGCGUCGCCGCAGGCGCAUGCGUCGCCGCCGCAGCAGGAGUCGCCGCCGCAGCCGCUCCCGCAGCCGCAGGAGGCGCUAG